AUGAGGUCGUUCAUUGCCAAUCAGUAUACAGAUAGGUCUCCCAAGGAGACAACGCUCUUAGCAUCCCACAGCCGUUUUCUGAAAUGGAACUGUCUCUCGAAAUAUUUUUCGGCUUCGUUGGAAGAGGAACGAGUCGUGAUCGACAGCGAGAUUACUCUACAGUUCAUCUACAAUCUAUACUUCUGGACCGGCAACGUUGGCGCCUUGUCAGCAUUCCCAUGCGUUUACAUCGAAAAGCACCACGGCUUUUCUCCCUCAUAUGCUUUGGGUCUUGGCUGUAUUGUUAUUGCGCUCUUGAUGUUGGUUAUCGGAAAAGAAUGCUUUGUCAACCCACCGCAGGAGCAAGACGUCGUAGUACCGGCCGCAAAGGUUCUCAGCUGCGCCGUGCGCAACGGCUGUCGGAUGGAACGUGCGGAUCCAGUGUAUCAGCGCACCGAGAAAGGCAAGGUGGUUUCAUGGAGCAGUCAGUUCGUCGACGAAAUUACACGUGCGUUGGACGCGUGUCGGGUGCUCCUGGCAUUCAUUGUGUUUUACAUCUGCUUCGACCAGAUGCAGAACAACCUCAUAUCUCAAGCGAGCAACAUGAACACCGGAAGCACGCCUAACGACGUACUGCCCUGUAUGAACCAAGUGGCAUGCAUACUAAUCAGUCCGUUCGUGGAGUAUGUCCUCAACCCUGUGCUGGCCAAACGACGCAUAUACCUGAAGGCAGUCACCCGUAUCGCUAUCGGCUUCUGCUUCGUCGCACUCUCGAUGCUAUAUGCGACCCUGGUGCAGCAUCACAUCUACGCGUCUCCACCAUGCUUCGAUCACCCGUCGGAUUGUGGAGACAGGCUUUCCGCUGCACAAUACCGGCCCAAUGUUUGGAUACAAGCACCUCUCUACUUCCUGGUAGCAACUGGCGAGGUGUUCGCCAUGACGACUGCCAUGGAGUAUGCGGAGAAGCAUGCGCCGAAAGAGAUGAAAGUCCUCGUGCAGGCCAUCAACAUGCUCAUUACAGGUAUAGGCUCAGCCAUUGCUUUAGUCAUUGCCGAGGCAGCUCGCGAUCCUUAUCUCACCUCGUUCUACGGCAGUCUAACAGGUGCUAUGGCCCUCACGACCAUUAUGUUCUACGUCAUGUUCCGGAACAAGGAUAGGGAUGAUGCCGUGGUAGACAUGGAAAAGGGCAGAAGAGACGCCACACCGACGCCGUCAAGAUUGCCGUUAGGAUCGCGCGAAUCAGAUCUGGAUGUGACUAUUGGGCCAAUAAGCAUAGAUAGGGACAUGGAGUUGACACCGAUCCUGUCCUUACCGACGACAAGAACUGGGCGAGACAGCAUAACUGUACCUUGA